GAUGGUAUGCGAGAUGAGCAGGAUCGCGAAUUGCUAUGCGGAUUAAUACCGUCGUUUAAUUGGAUUCGCGAAUUAUGACGCCGAUUUUGAAUCGGUCGUGACGAGUCUCUAUUUCAAGAUCCUGCAUUGACUGCUCUCAUACCUGUUGACAUGGUGAAACUGGCAUAUGCAUCAUUCUCCAAGCUUACGUCCACAGACAUAAUGUCCAACGUAUACCCGAACAAUAUGAUAAAACCUUCAAAUAAUAUGAUAAAACCCACCUUAUCUGAAGUGUUGCAAUCAGAUUGCGUGAAACGGCUUUUUAAUCAACCGGAUCUUAUCAUUAAGACGAUCCCUUUAACACCACUUGAGUCUGACAAUACAUUUUGUCAUAAAAAGAAUGGUAUAAAUUUAACAUCAAAUCAUACAACAUCUGAAAUAUCGAUAUUUCCUGUUAGGACAGCAGACGAAGAGGACGACAAUCUUCUCCCUUCAAAAAUAAAGCACAAAAAAUCAGAAAUUUCUUUGUUACCUGUUAAAAAGAAAUCGUGUGGUCAUUAUCAGCCAUGUGAAAAUAUUAUUUGUGACGUGAUAGUACAACAAUAUGUGGAUAAAGAUUGUGUGACACCCAUGUUAGCAUUGAGCAUAGAAGAAGACGAGAUAAAUGCGCCGGUUGAAAAACACUGCAGGAACAAGUACUGUGAUGCAUUAAGCAUUGAUCAUAAUCGUUGUCGUCAGGCACUAAUAAAGUUAUAUAAAUGUGACAAUUCACAAAUGUGUGAUAUUUGUGGAAGAACAUUUAAGAAAUGGAUAUCUCGGAUACAUCACAGGAAUUGUAAAAGAAGAAAAGUAUACAUUCAUAACGAUACAGACAGAUUGCAUUUACUGAAGGAACGGAUGCGCAUGCGAGAGUUACAGAUCUUAGAAAUUGCGAAAAUGAAAAAACGCGAUUACUCGGAUCCUAAUAAAGUGAUGGAGACACUGUGGAAAAAUGACGAGUUGAUAAUUAUUCCGCAAAAAGCAUCUAGUAAAUCGAGUGUUACCACGAUUUCAGUACCUACCACUCAAUCGACCAGCACCAACGCUCUACCUAUCGUAAUUAAUUCGCAGAAAACUAAAUCUACGAAUACCCUUGAAAGUGCGUCUGUCACAAUUUCAUCACAGAACACUAUAAUUUUUCCGAACAACACAUCAUGUUCCGAAAACAAAACAAAAUCGAUAAAUCAAGUAAGAUUUUCAAAUUUACAACAAAAUUCCCACUUGGAAUCUAUUUCAAUUACGAUUCCAGCUCAAGCUCAAACUCAAGUUCCAGUUUCAACUUCGACUCCAGUUCUAACUCUAACUCUAGUUCCAACUUCAGCAUCUGCUACAGUUUCAACUCCAACUUCAGUUCCAACUGUAGCCCUGGCUCUAACUCCAAAUUCAACUUCAGCUUCAGCUUCAACUUUAGUUCCAACGUUCACUCUAACUUUAGCUCCAACGCCAGUUUCAAUUCCAGCUCUAACUCAGAUUUCAACUCCGAAUGUUGUUACCACUUCUGCAUCUACUUCGAUUAUACCUCCAAAGAAACCAUGUAUUCGCCUCGCAGUUUCACCUCAAACUACUACUAUUCAGCCGACAAACAACUUAACUGCAUCAUCAUCACAUAUUUUUACAACUUCAUCAGUUCAGCCUAAAACGUUUCUCACGCCAAUACGCGUGGUACCGAUAGCCAAUUUAAUCAGCCCGCCGUCGUUGUUACAUCAUACGCAAGGCAUCCCUAAGUUCUGCAUUGUUGCAGAAAAUGUUACAUCGAUGACUACUUCGAAGUCACCAUCUGUUCAACCUACUGUUCAACCUACUGCUCAACCUACCGUUCAAACUACUGUUCAACCUACUGCAACUGAUAAUACCGCCACUGUGCAAAUAAAUACUCCAAAGUCUCUGAUCGCUCCAAUAUCGAAAGUGCAUAAAUUACCGAAAUUAAAGAAAAAAAAGAAAGGUUCUUUCUGCGUUUACUGCUCGAAAUAUAUCACCACUGAUUGGUAUUUCAAGGUGCAUGUUGCAAAGCACAAGGGCGAGAAACUCUUCUUCUGUCAUUUUUGUGAUGAAUCCUUCAGUAAUAACUACGAUAUGAAAAAACAUAUAACUAAUCAACACACCGAUCAAAAAGAACUUGCAUGUAAUAAGUGCAACUAUACUUGCACGUCACUUGUUUCCUUCAAAAGCCACAUCCAAACGCAUGCAGUAAGUAGUCUUAAUAAAGUAGACGUACAUUCGAAAAAGCAAAAAAAAUUGGAACUUUUGGAAAAUAAAGUAAACUAUAAGUUAAUUCACAAUUCAUAUAAAAGAAAAGUAAAAAAAAUAAAAUACGAGGAUACAUCCGAUAGUCAGAAUAAACAACAGCAUAAUAAAGAGAAGCAUAAUAAUAAAAAUUUAUCGAUGAUUAACAGAGACAGCAAUGCGAAGACAAAAGGGUUUAAUCCGUUCGUUUCCGUGAAAAAAAUUGAACUUGCAAAUUUCAAACAAGAAUCUCCUAUUACAUCGAGAUGA